UUUGAAUCCCAAAGACUGAAACCCAGAAAUCGCAAGGAAAGUGGGGGGAAAUUAGCGAUGAGAAGCGCGCCGGCACAGAUUCCGACGAGUUUCGGCCACGAGCUCAGGGCUUGCCUUCGUUUCCGCCUCGUCAAAACCUACGAUCAGUUUAGAGAAUCAGGAUGUGAGAACUGCCCAUUCUUUAAGAUGGACGAGGAUAAUGAACGCGUUGUCGAUUGCACCACUCCUAAUUUCAAUGGGAUAAUUUCUGUGAUGGAUCCGUCUAGAAGUUGGGCUGCUCGUUGGCUACGAAUUGGGAGAUUUGUCCCCGGUUGUUACACUCUUGCAGUUUCAGAGGCACUUCCAGAGGAGUUGCAGAAUAUGUGUGAAGAAGUGCAUGUUCAGUACGUACCACCGAAGCGGGUAUGAGAAAGAGUCCGGGACGACAUUAUAUAAUGUAAGAAUCGAAAAACCGAAUUCCGUUUUAGGAGUAAUGAUCUGUGUUGGUUGCUUUGUAUCACAAGUAUUGCUCUGUUAUCUUGGCUGACAAUGAAUUGUAUGUAAACAGUUUCUGGGUUUGAGCAACUUAAUGAACACACUAGUUUUUUUCAAG